AUGGCUGGCCCAUCAGGUCCCAGAUAUCCAGGGUUUUACACACCCUGGCCACCAGUAGGCAUUCCUCCUGCAGGGAACCCAAACUGCUACAUGCCAGCCAGGAUGCCACAUUAUGCCAGCUGUCCCAUGCCAGGAAAUGAGAGCACACCACCACGUAGAAACCCCAGCAGAAGGAAAUACAGACGGCCUGGCAGCAGCUCCAGAGACCAUAUCAGGUACAAAAUGCCUGCCUCGAGCGUAGAACGCAACAUUCCAUGGAGCCAGGCUAAGUUUAGGGAAGAGUUUCACAGAUACAUGAAGAAACAAGCUUAUCAGUAUCCACCAUGUCAAGAUGACAGUGUUGGCAUAAACCCAGGAAACAUCAACCUUUUUCUUCAACAGCAGCAGCAGUGGCAGCAACAACAGCUGAACCUACAACAUCAACAUUUCUUCAAUCAACAACCGCUGCAAGAACAACAACAACAACAACAACAGCAACAACUCGAGCAGAACCCUAGAACAUUACAACAGCCUGAACAACAUUAUGCUCAGCUGAACCAAAAUAUUGUGGGAGAAAAUAAGGAGCAAAGCAAUAGCAACCAACCCAGUGGGAUUGUAUCAAAAAGAAAUGAAGCACAAGAGAAUCCUUCAGAAGAACACAUCACUGCAAAAGAUGAUGGUGGCAGUGGUAAAGAACAAUCUCUCCCUGCAGAAUUUUCAUUUCAUUUCAACGAAGAAGAGUCACUCCAACCCAAGACAACGCCCUCUAGUGAGGCAAUGUUGCAAGCAGAGGUCAGUGGGCCUCAACAGAGAGACCAUGCGAUAACUCAAUGUGGGAUACUGAAUUCAGAGCAUGGGAACCAGAACCAAGAAGCUGUCGAUUGUAUAGAUGGUGCUGCUGUAGACCACAACUCCUUGGUCACUCGGCGAGUGGUCUACCCACGUAGCAAGCAGUCAGUGUUCAAGCCUCCACAGCCCAUAGGGAAGUUGGUUUCUGACUACAUCGACUUCCUUGCCAUGGAGAAUGAGCGCGUGACCAACAUUUCGCAGGUGUACACGCCGCCCACAGACCUGAACUUUGAGGCGGAGGAGUACUACCUCCAGGUGCAGAUGAGUAAUGCUACGUUCCCGUCCCCACUUUUCAAACAGUGGCUUCAGCUCUACCAUCCUGCUCUGCAGGUGCACAACUCCUCACAAGAGGAAGGAUCUGGGUUAGGGAAUGGAGUUUACAACCAGAUCCUCACUGGCAAUGACAACAAUAAUAAUAACAGUAACAGCAAUGGUCAGUGGCUGGAGGCCCAUGAACUGACCCCAUCUAUAGGGCCAGGGGUCCUGAGUGAGGACAUGUCCAGCUAUGAAGUGUCCACUCCUGUGAAGAGCAUGUCCGCACUCCAGAAGGAGCUGUUCUCUCCCAGCCCCUGUCAGCCGGUCAGAUCAUAUCUUGAUAUUGAAAAUGCUCAUUUUGAUAGCCAGUCUAUUGGAGACACAAAUUCACAGGACUCAAUAUUGGAUGGAAACCCUUUGUCUUCUGUCUCGCCUGCAUGCUAUGACAAUGGAAAUAAUUUAACCUCUUUUAACCCCUGCGAGGGAAGCAGUGGCUGCAAGGAGACGUCAGGGGCAUCAUUCAAGGAUGUGGAAUAUGUUGUAUACACUAAUGUCUCUGCAGUACCUCAGGACAGCUGUCAGGAAGACUCUCUCUCAGAGGACAGCUCUGCUAAAAUACUGAUGCAGUUGUGA